CAUUAUCCCAAAACAUUGCUACACUCCGGUUCCGCGUUAUCCUCUUCCAACCGGCGGCGAAAGAAACUGUUGAUGAUAGAGUUUUGCGCCUUUGAAUUCGAGCAUUUUGCAGGCUCUCCAUUAGAGAAUUCCUUCGUCGUUUCCCAGUUUUCGAUCCCAAAGCCGUUAGAAGAAGACAAUAUAUAGUGUAUAUUCUUCAAUCCAACAGCUCUCCGGCGCCGCCGGCAAUGGCCAGCUCUCCCAUCCACGCUCCGGCCAACUUGCUGACCUCUAGAUGUCUCGAACCAUGCCUCUUCGGGAGCCAUGGCUGCCUCCGCUCGCCAUUUCUGAGUCAGACGCUACGGCCAGUCCCGGCAAGCAAGCUGGUGAUUGUUGGUGGUUGUGUAAUCGCCGGUUAUGCUCGCAAAUCAGUGGAUUCUGCUGGAGUUUAUCAGCUCAUUGACGAUGAGGACAUUACCGUUCCUUCCUCCGACGAAUCGCAUUAUGAUGGAGAAUCGACAGUCGAUGACGGAGGUAUUAAGACUUCAGGAACACGUAGGAGGAUAUCUAUUGGAAGUUUUGGAAGAUUGAAAACUCAAAAAGUUAAGGCUAUCGCAACAAAAUCUUCAAGUACAAAUGAAAAAUCAAGUGAUGAUGCCCGUGCACCAAUUUUUGAACGUGGGUUGCCUCAUAUAUCUGAUCGUUCACAGUCUAAAGUUAAAUCUAUGGGAGAAAAGAAGAGGGUUAAUGCCUCAAGACAUGUAGACAAAUUUCCAAGAUCCUCUGAACAUGAUAGAGAUAGACAUCACAGCUCUGGCCCUAAUUUAUCGAGAUCUGAGCAAGGUUCUGCUGCUUACUUCAGAGGAUGGGGCUCUAGAGGGCCCUACGGUUCUGAUUAUGAACCAACCAAGUUCUCAGAGAGGGGCUUUUAUAGCCGAAAGUCAUUUAAAGACCUGGGAUGCACUGAAUAUAUGAUUGAAUCAUUGAGGAGGCAGAGUUUCCUACGUCCUUCACAGAUUCAGGCUAAGGCAUUUGCACCAGUUAUUGAAGGAAAGAGUUGUAUCAUAUCUGAUCAAAGUGGAUCUGGCAAGACAUUAGCAUAUCUUGCUCCAUUAAUCCAGCGUCUGAGGCAGGAAGAACUCGAAGGACUUAGAAAAUCUUCUUCACAAAAUCCCCAAAUUGUUAUCAUUGUGCCGACAGCAGAGUUGGCUUCUCAGGUUUUAAGUAAUUGCCGAUCCAUUUCAAAAUUUGGGGUGCCAUUUAGGUCUAUGGUUGUGACAGGCGGUUUCCGGCAGAAAACUCAACUUGAAAAUCUACAGGAAGGUGUUGAUGUUCUAAUAGCAACUCCUGGUCGUUUGAUGCUUCUAAUAAAUGAAGGUUUCUUGAAGUUAUCAAAUCUGAGAUGUGCUGUAAUGGACGAGGUAGAUAUCCUUUUUAAUGAUGAGGAUUUUGAAGUUGCUCUGCAGACUUUAAUGAAAUCUGCACCUGUUAACACACAAUAUCUAUUUGUGACUGCAACUUUACCAGUUGAAAUAUAUAAUACAUUAGUAGAAAAUUUUCCGGAUUGUGAAGUGAUCAUGGGACCUGGAGUUCACCGGAUAAGUCCUUGCCUCGAAGAGGUUCUUGUAGAUUGUAGUGGUGUAGAUGAGCAGAACAAAACUCCGGAUGCUGCUUUCUUGAAUAAGAAAGAUGCCCUCCUGCAGAUUGCAGAACAAACUCCUGUCUUGAGAACUAUCGUUUUCUGUAACAAGAUUGAAACCUGUAGAAGAGUUGAAAAUGCAUUGCAGCGUUUUGAUAAAAAGGGUAGCCAUCUGCAAGUUUUUCCAUUUCAUGCUGCCUUAGCAAGAGAGUCACGGCUUGCAAAUAUGGAGGCAUUCACCAAUUCGCAAUCUAACCAAGUAUCCCAGUUCUUGGUUUGCACUGAUAGGGCAUCACGUGGAAUCGAUUUUCCAAACGUGGAUCACGUCAUACUUUUUGACUUCCCACGUGAUCCUAGUGAGUAUGUGCGCCGUGUUGGAAGAACUGCCAGAGGUGCUACUGGCAAAGGAAAAGCAUUCAUCUUCGUGGUUGGAAAGCAGGUGACCCUUGCGCGGAGGAUUAUUGAAAGAAACAGGAAAGGUCACCCAUUGCAUGAUGUGCCAUCUGCUUAUGAGCUGACAUACUAAAAAAUUGCUUGCUAAAAGAUUAAAGCAGAUGCAGUUACUGGAAGACGUUGCUGAAUUAACAAGCUGGAAACUGAGCUUAAUGGAAUGCAGUUGCCUCCCCUGCUAUCAGCUAAUGAGGUUUUAUUCUCUCUCUCAUACUAAUCUCUCUCUGAAUGCAUUGAGGGUCUGAAAAUUUCUAUUAUACGUCAGCCAACGGAUUGUUGUAAUUGAUAUGAUAUGUUCUGAGUAAUUCAUUUCUUCAAUA